AGAGCUUAUGAAAUCUAUUCGAACAAAAAACAAUAUUGAACAGCAGCGUGCGUAGCAAAACACAUAUUUCAAAAAUAUAAAGCAAUUCGCUUCAAGUUUUCUCCACAAGUUCUUUCUCCUUUCGCUCAAAUUUGAAUUUGCCGGGUCUCAAAUGGCGCCAAUUGCAGCUAAAAAGCAAUAUGAACUAUUACCAGUGGAGCAUACGCUCCAUAGAUGUUUACUCUGCCUGACCUGGAGAUGCACUUUUGCAACCCCUAAAAAGAAGAAGUCGUCAACAGGUUUCGAGAGCGUGCUUAAGGAUCAUCCUGCGUCGCGGCUGAUCAAGAAAAGUAAAGAUGAUCGAAAAGUAAAUAAAGCAACGCGUGUUCUGGAGGCCAAGAAGAUAAUAACAAACUCAUAUGAGUCGUGCGAUUUGUACCACCUGGCCAUGAAGAGGGAGCCAAUGGUGCGUCCCAAGCCACGCAGCUCGUCGGAGCCACCCAAAUGUGCGCCAGCCAAGGCUACAAGGCUGGGGGAGAUUCAAGAACGUGUUGAUGAAGCCAAUCUAAUCGAGAUGGAUGUGGAGUUUCGCCAGUUGAAUAUUUAGUUGGUACAACCAAAUGCUAAAGCAAUUCUAUGUGUAUUACUUGCACUUGCAACUAUUUGCCUGCAAAUUAAAAACAACAAAUAGUUUACUUGUAAUUGAUAAAUGCCAGCAGGCUGGGGGCUCUGUUUUUAUCUGUUUUGUUUUG